AAAAAAUCAUAAAGGAAAUUUCUUUCAAACAUAGCAUUACCUAUAUAAACUCGAAACACAUAUGAAAAAAACAGAGUACCUCAAGAUCUCAAACAAUGGCAGUCAUAGCAGUUUUAUUCUUGGCUCUUGUAGCUUUCUCCGAAGCCAUCCCCGCCAACUACGACUUUUCCUACGAUGUUUCUAACUCACACAGCCGAAAAGAAAUUGCCGAUGGCAACACCAUCAAAGGCAGUUACACCGUCGUAGACCCUAAUGGAGUUACCCGUACGGUCCACUACACUGCUGAUGACACAAAUGGUUUUGUUGCAAAUAUCGAAGAAGUAGGACAUUACAAACAACGCCAUGAAGAACAUCAAGAAGAACAACACCACGAAGAAGUGCCCACCACCGUAGUUCCUGGUGAAGACGACGGCAGCUAUCACCACGAAGGUGAAGAAGAAGGUAGUUAUAACAAAGCGCGCUAUGAAAUGCACGCUGAAGGAGAAGAGGAUGGAAGUUACCACGAACAGCACGAUGAAGGACAUGAAGAUGGCAACUACCACCCCAGUCAUGAAGAAGAAGGUCAUGAUGAUGGAAGUUACAGAGUAGCUCGCGAAGAUGGACAUGAUGAUGAUGGACAAUAUCAUGAGUCGUACAAUCCUCUUCGUUUAGUUCCUGUUCCAUUUUCUGGAGCGUACGCUUACCCAGGAGGAGUUCGCGCCUAUGGUGCCCCAGGAGUGGCUCCAUAUGCUUACCCUUAUUCACCCUACAGCGGAUUUCCCUACACUGGAUUACCCUACUACAAUCACGCUUACGGGUACUACCCUUACGGUGUAGCAUCACCUUUCAAUUAUUUAAGAAUUUAA